AUGCUUCGAUCUGUCGCACAUGCCGCUGGAGUAUCUAGCAAUCUGCAAACUAGUUCGAAUGCUAGUACAAAUGAAGAUCUCAGCAACUUAGCUAUCCCUGACACUAAUCAUGACAGCAUACUGGUACCACCGUCAUUGACUACUGCACCGUCUCAUUCGACUACGACUCCGUCUCUUUGCAAUGGCUCGAGCCAGCCAUUAGCACUACAGCCACCCCUAUAUGAGUUAAACCUAGACGAGGCAUCCUGGUAUCUCGAACGCUUCACGACGAACAUGCUUCUAUGCUUUCCUUUUAUCUGUCUGCCACCAAACACAACUACGCAGCAGUUGCAAGAAGAUCGGCCAUUUCUCCUCGAGGCCAUCAUUGCGGUAGCUACGCCCUCAACCCAGGCGAAACUAGCUCGCACAGAUAGAUUGAAAUCUCGCUUAACUAAGUCAGCUAUGCUUGAGAAUCAGUCCAGCAUUGAUAUGCUGCUAAGCAUCCUGACUUACAUUGCAUGGAGUACGGAUCCUUUCGUCAAACGCGCAAGUAAUUUGUCUCGCAUGAUAAUGCUCGCUAUUUCUAUGGUCUAUGAUCUCCAACUGGACAAGCAGCCACCACCCGAGGUGCCCAUAAUAGCGAAGAUGGCACCCGGGCUGGAAAAUCCGGAGCAGAAUGCAAGUAAUAAUUCCCUGCAAUGGAUUUCGGAGCAGCAUCGAGCGAAAUUGGCUUGCUUUGUUCUCAGCUCGAUCAUCUCGUCCACCAUUGGCCGCAUAGCUUCACUCCGGUGGGACAUCCAAAUGGAACAUGCCCUAAAUAUAAUCGAGACGAAUAAAGAAAGCCCAUCAGACGAGUAUCUCACAGCCCAGAUCCGUUUACAGAUCCUCGCCCAAAAGGCCUUAUCCCUCCGUGACCCAGACGAGCCAUCCCCCUCCACAACACCUCCAGCCACAACCAUGUAUCUCAAAGUACUCCAAAGACAACUAGCUGAACUCCAAUCCUCAGUCCUACCACAUCUCCCCCAUUACGAACUCCUCCACCUCCAAACCCACUACACCUCCCUCCUCCUCCACGAAACCCCCCGCCCCGCCAGCUCCAGCACCCCUCUACUCCCCAGCACCCCAGACUCCCUAACCUCCCUCUGGAACUCAGUCCAAGCCAUUAAGUCCUGGCUCUCGACGUUCCAAGCCCUCCCCGCAUCGACCAUCACCGGGUUUCCCUUCUUCAUGUGGUUCCAACUCGUCCGAUGCAUCGUACUCCUGAAACAUCUCUCCACGUUCGAGGACCCAGCAUGGGACCGCGACGCCGUGCGGCAGGAGGUGGAUAUGCUGGCGUUGCUGGAGUGGAUGGGGGAGAAGGCGGAGAUGGCUAGUUUGGAGGCUGGGGAGGGGUCGGAUGAUGAUUUGUUUCGGAGAGUGGGGAGGAUGUUGAGGUUGGCGAGGGAGUGGGUGGUUAAGAAGAUGAGGGGGGAGGUGGGUGGGGAUGGAUUGGUGUCUGAGGAGAAUAGUGCGGGUAGUAAUGAAGGUAGUAGUGGUACAAUGGGUAUAGAUAUGGAUAUGGAUAUGACUGAUAUGGCGUGGAUGCAUGCGCUGGAAUCUGGGGAUGGAGGUUGGCUUGAGGAGGUGCUGGGGUGGUCGCCGCUUGCUGUUUAUAAUAUCUAG